UGCUAAUGAGUGGCUAUUACUGAAGGGUUUAAAGAGCAGUUUCCACAAGAAGAGGAAUCUGUUAGAUUCAGAAAGUAGUGUUCUUAGACAGGAGAAUAAGUAAAGGAUUUGGUUAAGUUGCUUACCAGUUUGUGUGUUUUGGGGCAGAUUUGGUGAAACUGCUUAGGUUUUCCUGCCAGGGGUCCCCAGUGUUGUAGGAGAGGCUCUUAACACAGUCUUCAUGCAGAGCUUCUCAAAGCUAAAGGGGCCUCGCCUGUUCUUUCAGAAGCAGAUAUCUUGGGUUGAAGACCCUGAGCCUCGACAACACUUCUCUCUCUGGACAGCAGGAAAAAAUUUCAUUGCUUUUUCUACCUGACAUCUGAAUUUACUGGAGACUCUUGAUGGGCUGCGGUUUUUCCUUCACCGGACUUCUAACCAGCUGCCUGACUCAAACAGGCUCCUUCUUCAGAAGAGAGUGUGAGGCAUUUCACUUGAUAAACUACAGCUAAUAAGUUGGCCUCUUAAAAUCAGGACCUUCCUCCUAAAGAGAACAAAUAAAGAUUGAUGUUAGGAUGUCUGGACGUGGAAAGAAAAAUGUGGUGGCUGCAAAACCUACACUUCUACCAAGAAAAACAAAGUCAGCAAAGGCUGGCCUGCAAUUCCCGGUGGGUCGUGUCCACCGACUUCUCAAAAGAGGGAACUAUGCUGAGAGAAUAGGUGCUGGUGCUCCGGUCUACCUGGCGGCUGUGCUGGAAUAUCUGACGGCUGAGAUAUUGGAACUGUCAGGAAAUGCUGCCCAUGAAAACAAGAAAGGCAGGAUUGGGCCACGACACAUCCAGCUGGCCGUGCGGAAUGACGAAGAGCUGAACAAGCUGUUUGCCGGUGUGACCAUUGCUGAAGGAGGAGUUAUGCCCAACAUCCUUCCUGCUCUUGUUCCCAAGACCACAAAGGUGCCUAAGCAAGGACUGAAAGAUGGCCAGUCACAGGAAUUCUAGUAACUGCUCACCGGCUGAAAGUGUGCUGGUUCUAAGGGUGGCUUUCUCCACAACACUAGCACUUCAUGCACCUUGGAUUCUUGGUUGUAAUCCAUAUAUUUAUAUAUCGACUGUAUGUCUUCACUGCUUGUAAAUAUUGAACCUCUGAAGGACUCCCUCUUGGGGGUUGUUGUUGGUGGGUUUUUUUUAAAUGUCUUUGAAAUAAAUACUUAGUGCAUAGAGAA